UAUUUGUAUUAACUUUCUAAAAAUUAUUGAAUAUUAUAGUUCUUUUAUGACAGCUCAAUGCAUAAUACAUGUAUUGAAUUAUACAUAACACACGCACUCCUCUAAUCAUUUAUUGUUUGAUGUCUCUCUUUUUCUCCCUCUCUCUCUUUCUUUCAGGGUUAAUCACAGUAAAAAUGCAAUAGUUAAGCCACAAGGUAAAGCUCCUGAUGUAGCUCAGAGAGAAGUUGAUGAGGCCAUGAGGAAAGUGAGACAAGCCAGCCACUCCAUUACUAAUGUUAUUGAGCCAGGUGCCAAUAAGAACGAAGAAAAAGAAAAACGAUCUCGUUCAAAGUCUCGCUCAAGGUCGAGAUCGCGAGAGAGAAGACACGAGAGAAGGAGACACCGUUCACCAUCACCUUAUGAGAGGAGGAAGAGGAGGAGCUACUCAAGAUCACCUAGAAGAUACAGUAGGAACUGGAGAGAUUACAGAGGUGGGAGUAGUUACAAAAGAGGUCAUCGAUCUCGUUCUAGGACUCCACCUCGUCACUCCUAUCACUCACACCGUUCUUCCUAUCGUCAUCGUUCACCUGAUAAAGAUAGGAGGAGACACUCACGAUCAAGAAGCCGUUCAAGAUCUCAUUCACCAAGAAGGAAAUCAUCAUCAAGACGUAAGGAUAGAGUGAGGGAUUAUUCCUACAGUCCUAGUCCAGAGAGGAGGAGGAGUAGUAAGAAAUCUAAAAAAGACAAGAAACACAAGAGAAGGUCUCCCUCUGUCUCUCCCUCAGUCUCUCCUCCUCCACGUAAAAGAGGUGGUUCUGAUAAAGGUGAAGGAGAGGAGGAGGAGAUGGAGGAAGAGGAAGAAUUCUCUGAUGGAAGUGCUCCUUCUGAGGAGGAGAGACAAUCAAGUCCUUCACCAUCAGAAUAGAACACUUUUUGUAAUUGUUGAUCCUCUCUUUCUAACUAAUAAAAUUAGAAAAAAGAUUAUCCAGCAUAGCAGUGAGGAACAAAGACUGCUUUUGCUGACCUCGGUUGUCAGUAGUA